AUCGUUGGGUCUUCUUCUUCAUCGUCGUCUUACUCGUUCACCGGUGCUCAUUCUCUGCAAUUCUUCCAUGCUUGCAAUGAUUUCAAUAGAAAGGAACUGGCAAGUAACAAACCACAGAAUACGUUCAAAAUUCGCGCCGCCUUGGCUGGUGCCGGCGGAGAUUCUGUGGUGACUUUACUUGAUUACGGCGCUGGAAAUGUUAGGAGUGUCAGGAACGCCAUUCGCACACUUGGAUUUGAAAUCAAAGAUGUGCAAAAGCCAGAGGAUAUUCUAAAUGCUGAGCGCCUUGUUUUCCCGGGAGUUGGAGCCUUUGCACCUGCUAUGGAUGUUCUUACUCGUAGAGGAUUGGCUGACGCACUUUGUACAUACAUUGAGAAUGAUCGUCCUUUCCUGGGUAUAUGUCUUGGAUUGCAGCUACUCUUUGAGUCAAGUGAAGAAAAUGGUCCAGUGCAAGGUCUUGGUUUGAUUCCUGGACAUGUUGGGCGUUUUGAUUCGUCCACUGGUUUUAGGGUACCACAUAUUGGAUGGAAUGCCUUGAAUAUAAGGGAAGGGUCAGCAAUUUUAGAGGAUGUGGGGAAUCAACACUUGUAUUUUGUUCAUUCUUAUCGUGCCAUGCCGUCAGAAAACAACAAAGAGUGGAUUUCGUCUACCUGUAGCUAUGGUGACAAUUUUAUUGCAUCCAUUCAGAAGGGAAAUGUUCAUGCAGUCCAGUUUCAUCCAGAGAAGAGCGGAGGUGUUGGUCUUUCCAUAUUGAGAAGAUUUUUGAAUGCAGAUUCUUCAACAACAAAGAAGCCAGUGACAGGAAAGGCUUCUAAACUUGCAAAGAGGGUAAUUGCUUGCCUUGAUGUGAGGGCAAAUGAUAAUGGGGACCUCGUUGUAACCAAGGGAGACCAAUAUGAUGUGCGAGAACGUACAGAAGAGAAUGAGGUCAGAAACCUUGGCAAGCCUGUUGAACUUGCUGGGCAGUAUUAUUUAGACGGUGCUGAUGAGGUCAGCUUCUUAAACAUUACUGGUUUCCGUGACUUCCCCCUAGGCGAUCUUCCCAUGCUACAGGUCUUGCAACUCGCAUCUGAAAAUGUUUUUGUGCCAUUAACUGUUGGGGGUGGUAUCAGGGAUUUUACUGAUGCAAAUGGAAGGUACUAUUCUAGCCUAGAAGUUGCUUCAGAAUAUUUCAGAUCAGGUGCAGAUAAAGUUUCUAUUGGAAGUGAUGCGGUUUAUGCAGCUGAGGAAUAUAUUAAAACUGGAGUGAAAACGGGAAAAAGCAGCAUAGAACAGAUAUCUACAGUAUAUGGGAACCAGGCAGUGGUCGUAAGCAUUGAUCCUCGCCGAGUUUACUUGAGAAAACCCGAUGAAGUAGAAUUUAAAGCAGUCAAAGUAAACCAUCCAGGUCCAAAUGGAGAGGAAUAUGCCUGGUAUCAGUGCACUGUCAACGGUGGGCGAGAAGGUAGACAAAUCGGAGCUUAUGAACUAGCUAAGGCUGUUGAAGAACUUGGAGCUGGAGAAAUAUUGUUGAACUGCAUUGACUGUGAUGGUCAAGGGAAAGGAUUCGAUAUAGAUCUGAUAAAGCAGAUCUCAGACGCUGUGAGCAUUCCUGUCAUUGCAAGCAGCGGUGCAGGAGUAGUUAAACACUUCUCCGAUGUUUUUAAUGAAACCAAUGCUUCUGCUGCCCUUGCUGCUGGCAUUUUCCAUCGCAAAGAGGUUCCUAUUAAGGCUGUUAAAGAGCAUUUGUUGAAGGAAGGGAUUGAAGUUAGGUUGUAAGUUGAGAAUUAAUUUGCAGAACAUGAGAUUUCCUUCUUUCUUGGCCUCUUUGUGUUAUUUAUGAUUUUCCAUUUAUUAUUGAAUGGAUUUGGGUGAUUUUAGACAUUGGUUUGUCCUUUUUUUUAGACAUUGGUUUGUUCUUUUUUUUUAGACAAUGUUUUUUGGAUUAUAAGUAACAAGUUAAAUACAACUGUUCAUUGUAAUUA